AUGAAAGGAGUAGUGCGGUUUGGCAAGAAAGGGAAGCUGAGUCCAAGAUUUGUAGGAUCCAUUGAAGUUAAAGAAGUGGUUGGCCCCGUGGCAUACAAAGUCGAGCUACCGCCAGCCUUAUCUGGAGUCCAUAACGUCUUCCAUGUAUCAACCUUGAGAAAGCAUGUUCAUGACCCGCGUCUUAUCGUAGAUUUUGAACCCCUUCAAGUUCAAGACGACCUCAAAUACGAAGAAUUGCCAGUUCAAAUUCUUGAUCGCAAAGAACAACGGUUAAGGACCAAAACUAUUCUUUUAGUUAAAGUCCUAUGGCGAAACCCUGAUGUUGAGGAAGCGUCUUGGGAACUUGAACAUGAAAUGAGGAACAAAUAUCCACAUUUGUUUUGA